AUGGGUGGAGCUUCUGCUGACGUCAUCAACCUGCACCGAUUGAGCGGGGGUGUCGCGGCUUUUGAAACAAUUGCCAUUGUCGCUUCAUCAAACGUAACGAUUAACGUAAGUGUUUCUGUCAUCGGUGAGAGGUGAAAUGAUCGACAUGAUCGAGAAGGAGGAUCCGAUCAUCACCGAGGAAGAGGCGGCCCAGUAUGAUCGUCAGAUCCGUCUGUGGGGUUUGGAUGCCCAGAAGAGAUUGCGAGGGUCCCGGGUUCUCCUGGCUGGUUUAGGAGGUCUCGGGGCUGAAGUGGCCAAAAACUUAAUCCUGGCUGGAGUAAAAGGACUAACUUUGUUGGAUCACGAAAAGGCGACCGAGGAGCUAUGUCGAGCUCAGUUCCUGGUGCCGGUGAGCAUGUACGGCCAUAGCCGCGCCAAGGCGUCGCUGGAGCGCGCUCAGAACCUCAACCCCAUGGUGGAGGUGCUGGCCGACACGGGGAGAAUUGAAGAGAAGCCUGACAGUUUCUUUCUGCAGUUCAGCGCGGUGUGUCUGACCGGAUGCUCCAGAGACGUGAUGGUGCGCGUGGACCAUCUGUGCUCGCAGCACAACAUCAUGGUCUUUUGUGGCGACGUCCAUGGUUACUAUGGUUACAUGUUCUGCAACCUGGGGCCGGAGCACAGCUACGUGGAGGAGAAACCCAAAUUAGUGAAGCCCUCUGCAGACUCCAACGACGGGCCUCAGGCCAAGAAGGCCAAAGUGGACCCCAAUGAGAGCACCAUGGUGAAAAAGACGGCCAAGUUCUGCAGGCUGAAGGAGGCUCUGCAGGUGGACUGGACCACAGAGAAGGCCAAAGCCUGUCUGAAGAAGACGCCUGUGGACUACUUCAUGCUACACGUCCUGUUGAAGUUCCGUACAGACAAAGGUCGCGACCCCGAACCACAGUCCUUUGCGGAGGACAGUCAGCUCCUGAGGCAGAUCCGCGACGAUGUCCUGGAGGCCUUGGGCGUGAGCGCUGACAUCCUCAGCGACGACUUCAUCAGCUACUGCUUCUCCGUGAUGUCUCCUGUGUGCGCCGUGGUGGGAGGAGUCCUGGGACAGGAGAUUGUGAAGGCUCUGUCCCAAAGAGACGCUCCACAUCGGAACUUCUUCUUUUUCGACGGCCGCAAAGGAAACGGCAUGGUGGACUACUUUGGACCAAACUGAUGCUGCUCUCUCUCUCGCUCCAUCACUCUCAUCAUCAUCCGUUUGUUUAUUUAUGGCAUCCAUCACUGACAAUACUCUCCUGCUCUGACCUUUUUUUACAUUUAAUAAUAAAAUUGUUACAUAAAAACGUGUUUUGUUUCCAUAUUGAGCAUAAAGGAAUUGCAGAUUAGAAAGUGUGAGCCUGGAAAGACAGAUGAGACAGUUGUCUGGGGGAGAACUUCAUAUUUAAAAACUAAAACCUUGCUGACGUUUUGUUUUUGUACGCUGAGGGUGAAAUGUGCGCUAGUAUCCUCAGUGAGAGGUCACAGCACGGCCGAUGCGGCCAAUCACGGCGCUGAUGCUGCUCCUCCUGCGACGUGAUUGGCUCAUCCUGCAGCAGAGAGCAUCUGAGGACAUCCUCACUGACUGGGUUAGAAAUGAUGCUCUCCUAUAUUCAAUCUGACUCUUAAACACUCGUUAAAAGAUGUGGAAAGUCACUAUUUUUUUUUUUUUGGCACAAUGAAAAGCAAUUUUGCAGUUCUCGGCUUAGGUUGGAGAAACAGUCAAGGGUCAAGAAUAUUCCAAAAACAUGUAUUACAAGUAAAUCCCUGUACUGUAUACUCAAUUUCGCGCCUAAAGAAAACCCCCAUCUAAUUCACCUUAUGUUGGUAAUAAUGUAUGAAUACACGAUAAUACAGGUCAAACGUACAGCAUGUACAACUGCCAGAAAAGCCCACCAUUUUUUCUUUAUAUCUGUCUGCCUCAGUGCUAAUGUUUUUGCACUUUGUUCGGCUGUCCUUGAACGCACCACUGUUGCUGUGAGAUGCAAAAGUGAGACUUCUCCACCGUGACUCCAAUCGCCUUACAUUAUCAUUCAUUGGAGGUGAGUAUACAUUUUAUCAUUUCAAAUGUGUUUAAUAUACAUUAAUACCUCGUUUCUUGCUGUUAUUUCCGUGAAAUAGCGUUCCUUUUUUUAAUAAAUUGAAUAUUUUUAUAGCUAUGGCAUAGAAAUCCUGUUUACGAUCUUCUAAAUAUGUUUUUUAACAUUAUUUGAGACAUGAAAUAACACCAUUGCACUCCUGUUACCCAAUAUAGUAGAUAUAAUCAGAGAAAAUAAGCCAUUUAAAACAAAUAAAACUUGUGCUUGUGUGUGUUGCAGUAAAUGCGUUCCCUCUGGGACCUUAGUGGGGGGCGGAGAAAUGUGUAGAGGACAGGAUGUGACUUUGGGGGUUAGCUUGUCAUGGAUUAUGGCCACAAUAGU